UUGACUUUGAAUAGUCAUCCUUAUAUCCACUAUCUAAAUAUCUAUUCUCGUCUCUUCUACCCACAUCUACUUCCUCCUCCUCUUCUUCACGUUCACUGCAUCAAAUUCUUUAAUUCCUCCGGCCAUUGAAGAGCCCUUUCUGCUCUGGUUUCAGAGAUGGGGAGCAAUUCAGCCGGAAAUGAAGCCGAUCACGUAAUCCAAGUCUGGGAAGUCAACAAAGACAGGUUAGCUGCUAUGCAGCAGAAGAUCUCGACCAAGCCGAAGCUCCUCAGCCUCUCUGCCGGCCGGAGCUCCUGCUGCAUCUUCAGAGUCCCCCAAACCCUAAUCGACAUCAAUGGCCGAUCCUACCAGCCCCACGUCGUCUCCAUCGGUCCCCUCCACCGCGGCGAGCCUCACCUCGAGACCAUCCAGGAGCACAAAUGGCGCUUCCUCGGCGGCAUGCUCAACCGCACGCAGAGCAAAGGCUUAAGCUUGGAAGACUGCUUGACAGCCAUACAGCCGCUCGAAAUGAGAGCCAGAGAGUGUUAUUCCGAGACUUUAAGUUUAGACGCGAAUGAAUUCAUCGAGAUGUUGGUCCUGGAUGGCUGCUUCCUGAUCGAGCUUUUGCGGAAGAUCGGAAAGGUGGUUCCCUUCGAGAGAGACGAUCCGUUUAUAUCUAUGUCGUGGGUUUAUUCGUUUUUCUCGAGAGAUUUAAUCCGACUGGAGAAUCAGGUCCCUUUUUUCAUUCUCCAGCGCCUGUUCGAUUUAUCACAGAUGCCGGGGGAAAAAUCUGGCCACUCUCUGACCCAAUUGGCUCUGGAUUUCUUCAACUACUCGCUGCAACGGCCAGAGCACGUCAUCGGAAAAUACACCGGCCUUCAACCGAAACACCUACUCGAUCUUCUCCGAUCAACCUUCCUUCCGCAGGAGGAAAACAAGCCGAAAGCCAGUAACGGCGUGCCAUCCCACGUAAUCCAGAGCAUCUCCAACCUGCGCCGCGCCGGAAUCCAGCUCCGGCCGGGAAGGAAGGAAGACAGCUUCCUGGUGGUGAAGUUCAAACGCGGCGUGAUCGAGAUGCCGAAGAUCGCCAUUGACGAUUUCAUGAGCUGCUUCAUGAUCAAUUGCAUCGCGUUCGAGCAGUGUCACAAGAACUGUUCGACCCAUUUCACAACUUAUGCGACUCUCUUGGAUUGCUUGAUGAAUACUUCUAAAGAUGUGGGUUAUCUCUGUGAGCGAAGCAUCAUCGAGAAUUACUUUGGGACCGACCUUGAGGUGGCCAACUUGAUCAACAAUCUGGGGAAAGAUGUGAGUUUCGACAUCGAUCAGAGUUAUCUGGCGAAUCUGUUCAACGAUGUGAACCAGUAUUACAAGAACAAUUGGCACGUGUACUGGGCGGGAUUUGUGUACACUUACUUUAGCAGCCCUUGGUCGUUCAUCUCGGUAUUGGCCGCAAUUGUUCUUCUGGUUCUCGCCGUGAUUCAGACCUACUAUACUGUUGUUGGUUAUGUUCGUCCUAAGCCCUAGUAAACUUAACACUAAAAUAAAGAUAUUUGAGCUGAUUUAAUCAUUUAACUAAUUACUAAUAUAUUUGAACAUUUAGAGCUAGAUAACAUUUAUGUUCUUUGAUUUUUUUUUUCUUGUUUUGUCCGUCGGAAGAGACAAAAAAUUCAAGUUUUGGUUCAGAAUUAAUGUACAAGACCUUUCUUGUAUA